AUGUACGGCGUACGGAGUACGGAGUACCUGAGCCAAGGACCUCAGCGGAGAAGUGAGCACAGAGUACGUCACCAGCUGCGGGACCGUAAAUCGCUCGAGUCAAGGCUGUUACUUCCAACCCGAAAAUACGCAGCUUGUUCGAAUUUGUAUCGCCUGUAUUAUGCUUAUUACACAAGCACCCAGUCUACGCAGUACCUAGUGCAGUGUUGCAGUCUGCUCAAGAGACGCUCGAUUGAUUCGCUCCCGCAAAUUGCGUCCGUUCUUCAAGGCCGCUGGCGUCGUCUCAGGGUCCUGAUGGUCGCGGGGAGGCGUCAAACACCCUUGCAAACAGAUAGAUGCACGGGUCAAACAAAUCGGAGGAAUAAAAAAAGGAAAAAAAAUCUAAUCCAUUCGGGACACGCCUUCAGAGAAGCAGAAAUGGAGUUACUAGAUGCAAAAAUAGUUGCCAGCUUCGUAUAA